CUGACAAGCGUGCCAGGUACGGCGGCUAUCGAUUGUACCGCCUGGAAUUUGGCAUUGUUUUUUAUAGAAUCUAGAAUCGGCCCAAAAUGAGCACCUAUCUACAGAGCAGCGAGGGAAAAUUUAUCCCGGCAACCAAGCGACCGGACGGCACAUGGCGCAAGGCGCGCCGGGUUAAAGACGGCUACGUGCCACAGGAGGAGGUGCCACUGUACGAGAGCAAGGGCAAGCAAAUAGUGGCACAGCGGCAAUCCGGUGUACCGCCUGGCAUGUGUCCAGUUAUGGCCGCCGAGGCGAAGAAGGAGCGCGAAAAGCAGGAGCGGACGAGGGCCAAGAAGCUGGACAAGGAUGUGGGGCGGCAGCCAAAGGCGCCAACGCCUGGCGUAGCAGCUACGCCGGCCAGCACGUCUCAGGCGCCAAAAUCCAACCAACCCUCAAAAAGCCGAGAGGUCGACGCCAUAUCCAAGACUCUCGACGAAAAGCUGAAGCUGGAUGCACCUCCGGAGGUGGACGCUGCCAAGCAGCUGAAAAAGCUUCGAAAGAAAAUCCGCGAAAUCGAGCAAAUCGAGAUUAGGAUUAAGGCUGGCGAGCAGAAGAAGCUGGAUAAGGAUCAGUUGGAUAAGGUGAAAAAGAAGCCGGAGAUCCUGCGCCAAAUCAGAGACUUGGAGACCAAUCCUGCCCAGCACCGGUCAUAGCCAUAAGUGAACUGAAUUCAACUUCCACUCUUUUAGCCAGAGCAUAGUGGAUGCUUACCACUCACCUUGUGAACAGAUCGAACCUUGAAUGCCGCCUCCACACAACAAAUAUCUUAAAUGCAUACGUCUGUUACAUAGUUAUAUUAGUUCUAGCCGAGAUGUCAAAGCCAUUUAGUAAUUUUAAAGAUAUUUAAUUUACGUGCGUCUGUCUUUAAACUUAGUUUGUACGAAUGUCGAGAGAGGAAAUGUCGAGUUUAUUUAUGUAUAGGUAACUUUGUAAAUCAAAUUUAAUAAAUUAAACCCUUUAAAUGCAAA